GGGCCGGGGCGGACGCGCGGGGCUGUGCGCCGGGGUAGCGGGAUGUGUGCGGGGAGCUCCCGGCGCCUCUCCCGCUCGGGACGGAGCCGCUGGAGCGACGCUGGAGGAUUGAAGCCUCCCUCUGGCCGCCCUCAUGGAGCUGAGCAGCGCGGAAGGGGCGUCCACCCGGUUCCUCGGCCUCACUCAGCGCUCUGUCUCUGAGGAUCUGGGUUGCAGACGUGGAGAGUUUAGCAGAAAGCAUUACGGAUCUGUGGAACUUCUUAUAUCUAGUGAUGCUGAUGGAGCCAUUCAAAGAGCUGGACGGUUCCGUGUGGAAAAUGGCUCCUCCGGUGAGAAUACAGACUACGCUCCAGGUACAUGGCACAGAACGGAUGUGCAUUUGGAAAACCCGGAGUAUCAUACAAGAUGGUACUUCAAGUACUUUUUAGGGAAAGUUCAUCAGAAUUAUCUAGGUACAGAUGCAGAGAAGAACCCUUUCUUUCUGUCUGUUGUACUGUCUGACCAAAAUAAUCAGCGCAUUCCGCAAUACCAUUCAAUACUUUGGAGAAAAACAGGUACUCAAAAAAUAUGUCUCCCUUACAGUCCCACAAAAACGUUAUCAGUGAAAUCUAUAUUAAGUGCUAUGAGUCUUGAUAAAUUUGAGAAGAGCCCAAGAGAAAUUUUUCAUCCUGAGAUACAAAAGGAUUUAUUGGUUCUCGAAGAGCAAGAGGGAUCUGUGAAUUUUAAAUUUGGAGUCCUUUAUGCUAAGGAUGGUCAGCUCACAGAUGAUGAAAUGUUCAGUAAUGAAACUGGAAGUGAAAGCUUUCAACGAUUUUUGCAUCUCUUGGGUGAUACAAUUACUUUGAAAGGCUGGUCGGGCUACAGAGGAGGACUGGACACUAAAAAUGAUACAACAGGAACCUGUUCCAUCUAUACAGUUUUUCAAGGGCAUGAAAUUAUGUUCCAUGUUUCAACCAUGCUACCAUAUUCUAGAGAGAACAAGCAGCAGGUAGAAAGGAAGCGACAUAUUGGAAAUGACAUUGUCACUAUCAUAUUUCAGGAAGGUGAAGACUCUUCUCCAGCAUUCAAGCCAUCCAUGAUUCGCUCUCAUUUUACACAUAUUUUUGCUUUAGUGAGAUACAAUAAGCAGAAUGAUAGUUACAGGCUGAAAAUAUUUUCAGAAGAAAGUGUUCCUCUCUUUGGGCCUCCCCUUCCAUCCCCACCUGUGUUUACAAAUCACCAGGAAUUCAGGGAUUUUGUGUUGGUGAAAUUAAUAAAUGGUGAAAAAGCCACCUUGGAAACACCAACAUUUUCUCAGAAACGUCAGCGUACUCUAGACAUGCUGAUCCGCUCUUUAUACCAAGACAUGAGUCCUGACCUACACAAGGGAAAUAACAUGCUUAAUAGAAGAUCCUUCAGCGAUGUGUUGCCAGAGUCCCCAAAAUCAACACGGAAAAAAGAGGAAGCUCGACAGGCAGAGUUUGUUCGGCUUGGUCAGGCAUUGAAAUUGAAAACCACUGUGAAAGGGGAUACCACAACUAACUUGGCAACUGCAGGCUUUUGUAAAAAGGAGCCUUGGGAAUCUCAGUCUUUCUGCAGUAAUUUUCCUCAUGAGGUUGUCUGUGCAGAUUCUUGGGGCCAGUCCUUGCUGGUUUCUACAGAUGCUGGCAUCUUGUUAAUAGAUGAUGGUCAACCAUCAGUACCAGUAUUUGAUAAAACUCUCCAAAUAAAGCAGAUGAAUGUGUUGGAAGCUCUGGAUCUUUUGAUUGCCCGAACGGACAAAGGGAAAGACUCUCGUGUCCUUGUCUUCAGACUCAGUGCUAUCCAAAAAGCUAUAGAGACUAAAAAAAUGAUAAGAAGCAAAUAUGACUGCAGAGAAAAUAAACUGGAGAGAACAAAAGGCUGCCAUUUGUAUGCCAUUAAUACUCACCAUGGAAGUGAACUGAGGAUUGUUGUGGCUAUUCGGAACAAACUACUUCUCGUCACAAAGAAAUAUAAUUCACUCAACAUUUUAACCAGCACCUCUCUGCUAUCAUCUCCUGAAUCUCCAGUAGAGGAGUUCCAGUACAUCCGGGAAAUAUGCCUUUCUGACCCUCCAGUGGUUAUGACGCUGGUGGAUGGGCCUACUGGAGACAGUGACAAUAUGAUCUGUGUAGCAUAUCGGCAUCAGUUUGAUUUAGUCAGUGAGAGCACAGGGGAGUCCUAUAGAUUGCAUCACGUUGAAACAAACAGGGUUAAUUUUGUUGCAGCUAUUGAUGUAUAUGAAGAUGGUGAAGCUGGUCUAUUUUUGUGUUAUAACUAUGUUUGUCAAUACAGAAAAGUAUAUCCUUUCAGUGGAGGUUCUCCACUGAUCCAGCCAUCAGCUUAUGACUUCCACUUCAGCUGGAAUCAAGUUCCUUAUGCUGUUGUCUGUGCUUUCCCUUAUGUUCUUGCCUUCACUACUGAUUCCAUUGAGAUCCGCUUAGUGGUGAAUGGGAACUUAGUCCACACAGCAGUUGUGCCUGAGCUUCAACUUGUAGCAUCAAGGUCAGAUAUUUAUUUUAAAGCUACUGCUGCAGUAAGUGGAUCAUUUGACAGCACCUCUAAGGAAAUGAGUUCAAAGAGUUCUCCUCAAACACUGACAGCUUACGAAAAGCCAGAAUUUCCUCUUCCUUCUCUAGAAGGUGAAGUUCCGUGCAAAAACCUGUACAAAAUACCUCUCAGCAAUCUGGUUGGGCGAAGCAUUGAAAGACCUCUGAAGUCACCUUUGGCUCACAAGGUCAUCACUACUACGACGUUGAGUGGCUUUACCUCUCUUCCAGUUACGCACUCACUAUCUUUAUCUCGUAUGGAAAUUAAAGAAAUUGCAAGCAGAACACGUAAAGAAUUGCUGGGCCUUUUGGAUGAGUCUGUACCCAAGACAGAAUGUCCACAGAAGCUCAAAAACGUUUCUCGAAGACAGUCAGACCCCAAGCAGGGAGCUGUAAGGUCAUCUAGUAGUGACAGGAUAAUCUCAAGCUCAUUUGAAGGCUAUUCUGAAAGAUGUCAUCUUUCCACUAGUUCAGAUCCCGAUACUUUAGCAAACAGGGAGGAGAGUUCACCAUCUAGCUAUCCAUUUCAACUGAUUUCUUUAUAUGAUGAAGACAUCAUUGACUUAAAAUGAAGACACUUUUAAAACCUUUCUUCCUUACUUCACAUUUUCUUACAACUCUGUAGGCUCUAUGGCAAUGUCACAAAUACUGCUUCUGGUGGUAAAAUGUGGCUGGAAGUACUGGUGACAAAUCCUUGUAGGACCCAUGUUCUGGUUAGCAGAGCCUGAUUUGGUGAUGCUUAUAUCUUUGACAUAGGUAUGUUUUGUCAGUUAAUGAAGCAUUACUUUUCAUGGCAUUUUAACAGUAGGCAAUAAAUGAGAGAUUUAGGCUGAAACUGAAGUAAACAAAAAUGAUUACUUGUUCUAAGCUUCUUAUAAUUUGACUUACCUAAAUGACGUGCAGCAAAGUUAAUUGCUGUUAUUACUGUCGUGAAUUGUUUUACAACAGUGUAUGUCAUGUUGGGAGAGGAAUUUUACAACACAGAUCACUGCUUUUGGUUUUUCCAUCUUUAAAAAACAGCAACAACAAAAGGCUUGCAGGUGAGGUCAUUUCAAACAGUGCAGUCAGUCCCUAAAUUGAUGCAUCUGUGGUAUGUUCACUGAAGUAUCAAAUGAGAUAUGAAGAUGGUGCUUCCUUUGCUCGUUGUUUAGAGAAACUUGCACUCUUUUGGCAUAAAUAAUCCCUGAGCAGAGAAACUUUCUAUAGGAAACGCAAACUUCCAGAGUAUUUCUCAAAAAUUGGAAAUUAAAAAAACCAAGAAAAUCCGCAAGCAAACAAAAAAUGCCAAAACAAAACCCCCAGUCCAUCUACUGGAAAGCUCUUACUGCAGUGCAUCUGCACAUUUUUCCUUUAAAGGCAGAAGAGCCAACCCCAAUUUUCUUUGACUGCAAAAAGAUUCUUAUGCAGACCAUUAGCUAUUGUCUGCCCUUACACCAAGAGUGUAAGUCAUUAUUUCAUAUAGUUGUAUUUAUUUAACUGGAUGCAGACACUGCUAAUAAGCUAGUAUUCUAAGCUAGUAUUAAAUAGUUGUCUCUUGCUGUGUUAAAAGACAGGGGUUUGUAUUUAAAGUUUGAUUUUAAUUUUUUUUAACCCUUUCCUCUACACCAACCUUUGCAAGGAUUUUAUUUGGUUUUGGUUUUUUUUCAUGAAAGCCUUUCUAGUUUUAAUAGCAAGUGUUGGUUGUUCUAUAUGUAGAAAUACUUUUGUAUCUUUAAUUUCAUUUUGUAAUACUACUCAUAUGUCAGGAUUUCAUUUUUGUUCAAGUAUGAUCAUCUGAAGAUGUGUGACUUUUGCUGCCAUCUGUCUGAAUGUUAAACUGCUUUUGCAAAGUGAUUUUUUCCCCCUCAGUUUAUUGUAUAUAAUGGCUGAAUUGCUUCACUUAAGAAAAUAUGCAAGGUCUAAUCUGGAAGCAUAAUUUCUUAUUCUCAAUUGGGGUGGCUAAUCAACAGAAGAAGCAAUAUUUUCAACAGUAGUUAGUUUAGGAGCAGAAGGCUAUAAUUGCUUUAGUGGGUUUUGCAUUCAUGGAUGUGUGGGGUGAACCUUAGUAAGUAUCUAAAAGGAAGUAUCAGAUCAAAGUCUUUGCAAAAACUUGUAAUUAUUUUUAGAGAAUGUUGUCUCCAGAGAUUAUGUUACUUUACCCCAUCCUUAUUUAUUUGGACCGUUAAGGUUUAAAAAAAAACAGUCUGAAAUUACCACAUGGUACUUAUUUUCCUGGAAGUUGUAAACACUUCUGAAACUGCUUUUUGGGUCACUGCUGGUGCUUACUUUUUAGAAAGGAAAAGAACCACUUUUUUCCAUUAACAGCUUUCUCAAUGUAGUAUUUGAUUUCUGGCUUGUGGCUGUUUGGAAGACUGUACCAGUGUGUUUAACUGGGGCUUUUGUUAAAAUUUUAACUGGAAACUUUGCUUUACCCUGCUAGGAUAUUGGAUUUUAAAUAUACUGCAGAUAUUCACCUAUGGUAUUACAGCAUGAUUUAAAAUGAUUAACCAUUGUUUGAUAGCAGUUGAAGCAAUAUAUAGACAUUUUAAAACUUGUUUUGAGGAACCUGAGCAAACAUAUACUUACAAAUCCUGAAAGACUGCCUUAGAGAUGGAGCACUAGGGAGAACAAGAAUGAGAAGAGCUUGACAGAAAUCUUGAAUACUGGCUAUGAUGGUAGUCAGAAUGCAUAAGAUACAGCGUUUGCAUUAUAACCUAAACAUCAUUAUAGAACAAAGGGCUAUAAAGCAGGACUUACUUUCAUCAACCAGAAGUGCAGCAGUGUCUGUAAAGUAUUACCAUGAAUUAAGAGAAUGCUGUGGGGGUGGGAAUGUAUGUAUGGGGGGGGGGGGGGGUUGUGUGUGUGAGGGAGUGGGUGUGUGUGUGUGUGAAAGAGAGAGAAAGAACCCUUUGAAGGUCUGCCUGUAAUUACAGCAUUAUAUAAAGAGUACAGAUAGUGGAUUAUUGAAGCUAGACAAAACCAGAUCAUACUGGCUUCAUGGUACAUAACUGGAACAGGAUGUUGGUAUCAUUUGAAGAGGGAAGCCCAGCAACCACAUCCCUGCCCACUUCCCACCUGCUUUUAUGCUAUAGCUUGACUUAAUGGGUCAGGUACAAGCUGUUAAGCAAGUCACACUAGGAACUACCAGACCUUAACUGACCAUUAUUCAUACAGGACAGGAAGGAGCUGAAUCCUGGAAAAAAAUUAAUGUCUUCAUUCUUAAUGCAUCCAGUAAGCGCCUUAACAAGGCUUUGACUUCUUGAGUUUUCUGUACUUAAUCAGAGUGUCAUAGAGGGAUAAUAUCUAAUGUGGCAAAAGAAGUAGAGAGUGAUACAACAUUUAGUUUGUGUUAUACGACACCUAGAGAUGGUAGCCGAGGCUUUAGAGUCACAUAUAGUAGUGUACUACCUACUUAUUCCAUAAGAGUUGCUGAGAACAUAGGUAGAAGGCAGAGAACAUGGAAAUAAUAUCCCAAUUUAUUUGACACAAGCCACAGGAACCAAUCUUUAUCACAUUUAUUGUAUUGAAAGAUCAAAUACCAACACAGUCGUGUGAAAUUGCUGGUGUAACAGGAGAAACCUCUAUUGUACAAGGAUGUGGCUCCUGUUUUUAGUAGUCUGAUCAGACCACCAUGAUUUCUGUCUUGUCAUGUGAGGAACACUGGCUUAUAGCUAUUGUUUCUCACAAAAGAUCAUCCUUACCAUUCAGACUGCUAAUUAAAAUCUAGAGGCAGUUGGUGGUAUUGAUACGUGAACUUUUGUGCAUCAUUUAUAAAGGGCAAAGUUCUCACACAUCUGUGGAACCUCUCCUUCUUAAGACUGGUGUAAGAUAACAAGGCUUGUUGGAAGGCUGUUGGGAUGCCCGUAGCGUCAUUCACUCCAGCGUUGGAGCCAUUUUGUUUGCCUUCUGUUUUUCCAGCCUGUGCAUGCAUAUACUCUCUAAAACUUAAAAAGUAGACUUAGACACAAAUUUCAGCCAUAUCCACCAUAAGCACAAUCCUUCCUCCUUUAUCAGUGAGUGUCAAAGCUGCCUGUAGGCUGCAUUCUUGAUGCUGGCUGACCAUCUCAUGGUUAGGAGAAAAGAUAACCUUUGAAUCUACAACUAUGUGAGAUGGAUGUUGUUCUAAUAGGAAACUGAAAAAUGUUGCUAUAGAUGAAUGGAAGGAAUGGUUUUCACAAAGGAAGAAUGGUUAAAUUGUUACCAAUUGCUAUCAAGCUAAGUUUAACUGAAGGUCCAUUCUGUACUCUUGGCUGUUUCUGCAAGAAAUACUUUCUAUUCCAAUGUGCUGGAUUUGUUGGCAGGGCUCUUAACUCCUUCUGGCUAAAUGGCAUCGGUCACCACUUCAUCCCUGUGCCUCAGUCUGACUAAAUUAUAGGAAUGUCAUUUACAUUGGUGCAAGCAUUAGAUGGUACUUAAUUAGUUAAUUUAGAAUGUACUUGUGCAUUCUCAAUGGCAUGGGUAAUGAGGCAUGAAAGCACAAAACAGUUGAGGGUAGAAGGGACCACUGUGUUAUCGUCUAGUCUGGUACACACACCCAUGCAGCACCAUUCAAAAAUCUCUUCAAAAUGAAUAUGCAACAUUUUGAGCUACUUGUCAUCUUUGUACUGCUUUUGAAUUACAGCAUGCACAUAAACCAUCACCACAACUUUGAAGUGUUACUAGGACUCAAGAAUUCCCAGACACAUGAGCUAAGUUAAUUCUUUCACACAUACACAAAAUAUGGAACCCUUAAGGCUGAGGCUUUGAUGAGUCCUUCCCAAUGUCCCUAAAGCCCAAUUUGGGCUUUAGAAAUCAGUAGAGACUAAUAGUCUUUUUUGUCCAGUUCCUUAUUCUAGUGGCAAUGCAGUAUACAUAAAUAUUUUAUAUGUGUUUGAAAGUAAGAAAACACUUCCUUCUAAAAAGAAGUAAAGACCCACAUGCAAUUUGAAAGGGCUAUGGCUAUUCAUGGUAGCAAGAGAACUGCUCUCUAGAUUCAGUGAAUGCAUGCAUACAUUCAGUUUCCUAGUUUGCAAAGAAGUAAGGCCUGUUCUAAUUACAGUCCUUUACUGGUUUUGGGGGUGUGGCAGGGAUUCUUGUUUGUUUUGGUUGGUGUGGUUUCUUGAGGCUGAGGGUGGGGGGGAGGGUUAGUUGAGAUUCUUUUUUCAGGUUUUGUUGGUUUGGUUUUUGGGGGUUUUGGGGGAGUGAGGGUUGGUUGGUUUUGUUUUAUUGGUUUGCUCUUGUUUUUCAGUGCAUAACAUAUGUGCAAGUAUGCACCUGGAAUGAAUAGCAGGUUUGUUCUCUGCCUUCACGAGAUUAUUUUUAUAAAUGGGCAAGUAUUUGUAAUUGAUAGAUUCAAAUUGAAUUUUUUUAGUACUGUGACAGUCAACUGAAUAAAUAUUUAAACAGUACUUAAGAGGGCAGGGAAUGUAUAACAUUACUGCCUAACUAGUUACAUAUGGUUAAGGUUGCUACAUAUAUUUUCUGCUGUUCUUAGUCUAUGACCAGUAAAGGCUAGCUUGAACGUGUUUUCCUAAAGGUGUGGGUCUUCAACUCGUGCUUGCAGAUGCAAGGGCUUUUUCAGAGCUGUUGGCUUAUUCUGCAUUUGAAAUAUAUAACCCUUUUCAUUUUGAUUUUCAAUAUAUAUACAUAUAUAGGUAUAUAUAUUUGUAAUUUCUACUGUAAAUUUUCAGGGAUUUGAAAUCCUGAGUAUAAGGAAUUUAAAGUAAUGGGAUCAUAAAAGGCAGGGGAAGGAAAAAUCCCAUCAGCAACUGAUAAGGUAUUUCAGAAUAAUUUCUGUUGCUUUCUGUGUAUGAAAAUGAAUAUCACAUUAUUUUCAUUGUUAACAAUUCAAUGUCACGGUUCAUAAGCACAGUGUUUGCUUAUUCUGUUAAAGCACUGUUUCCUCAGAUAGGCUUAAUCUGUUUUUAUGAAGGACUAAAUUAUUCCCUGGGAACCUGAUGUUAACAAUAAUGGAAGGCUCAAGAGAUUAUGCAGCAAAUAUCUGUACUUGCAUGCAGGUUAGAAAGUAUUUUUACUCAUAUUAGUUCAGCACGGCAACUUCACCAGCCUGUAUACUGCUUAGCUGCUUCACUUUGUUGCUGAUCUGUAACUGACUGACUUCUAUUUGCUACUGGAAACUGUGGUACUAGCACCUGACUUAAAGAGAAAAUGGAGAUAAUUUUCUGCAUAUUUAUUUAUAGCUCUAUUAGGUAUUAUGUAAAUAACAUUUACAUAAAUGGAAACUGUUAUAUAAAGGUUUUAUUCAGAGUGUUAUCAAUCUGGAAUGUCAGUUUAAUUGUCUUUGAAUGGUAGCUGACUGCUUUGUAAUUUAAUAAGAGUGUAUUGUUAAGACUUGCUACAUUUGUGAUCAAACAUUUUACCAUUGGUCUUAAAUGCUGAUGUAUUACCAUUGUUUUCAAUGUCAUAUGAUAGCAUGUAUGGUUUGUAUUUUAGAUAUGAUAGCCAAAUAGAAACAGUCCUAUCACAUCUGAAACUGUUUUAAGUACUAUUUAUCACCUUUGUGAAGAAGAAACUUGAUUUAUUUCUUCAUCUGUAAUAAACGGUAAAUUUGA